AUGGCAGACAUGCAAGAGGUUUUGGAGAGGCAAGAGCGAAAAACUAGAGAAAAAAUGUGUAGAAGAGCUGCAAGCAAAGGGGCGCUGAGAGAACUAGAUGAGCAACUUGGCAUAGCAGUUGCUUUGCUGGAGGAAGAAAACCAGAGCUGCCAUGGUUCACGAGAAGGCCAUGGCCCGAAUGUGGACAGACAUAGACAUUCUCAGGGGCUUCUUCCCGAGCAAAAGUUCACAGUUGUGAUACGAAUGUUGGCGUACGGGUCAUCUGCUGAUCAUGUGGAUGAGAUUGUCCGGAUGGGGAAGUCCACUAUUUUGGAGAGCUUGGUGAGAUUUUGUGAUGCAGUGGAAACUCUGUACACCAGGGACUACCUGCGCAGACCUACGCCCAGGGACCUGCAACGGCUUCUACAAAAAGCUGAGUCUCGUGGAUUUCCUGGAAUGAUUGGUAGCAUUGACUGCAUGCACUGUUGCCGGAUCUCAAAACGAUUUGAACGUCCGGGUCAAUCCCCAGUGUUCAAUGAUGUUUUGAGAGAUGAAGCCCCAAAUAUCACAUAUGAAAUCAACAAUACCGUCUACCAGAACGGGUAUUAUCUAGAUGAUGGCAUCUACCCGAGGGGCACAACAUGUCUAUUUGACGAGGAGGUGCUUAGGAGUAUAAUGAUGACUUGUAUCAUCAUCCACAACAUGAUUGUGGAAGAUGAGUAUGAUUACGAUGCUGAUGAAGUGUAUGAACCAGAUCCUAUGAACACGGCCUUAACACGAAUUUAUGAAAAACUCAUGGGGCCAAAUGGAGAACCAAUGCAUCAUGAACCGUUGGUUAGAGAUGGUAGUUUCAUGCCCCGUAUGAUUGAACGCUACAUGGAGAUGCAAUCAUCGUACAUUCAUGAACGCCGUUAA